AUGGUUUCCAUUACUACACUACGACUGGGGCUGUGCUACCUUUCACAGGAGCCCAGUGGUAUCCCUGAGGUCCCCUCAGGGUCGAAAACCUUGUCUCCAAGCCCCCCGCCUGAUCUCUCUACCCAUGCAGGAAUGGAGAGCAGUUUUUCAGGUAACAUUAUACCCGAAUACAAAGGGGGGGCGGCGCAUACUAUCCCGGAAGAGUGUGAGAGGCUCUUCUGCGACACAUUGUCUGUGAUUUUCCUUGGUGAGCGGAUUAUCUCUGGACAAGAGUCGCUUGGGGCAGGUGCGUAUCAAAUUCAACCGAGUAGCUCAGGUUACGAGCAUAGCCGAAUUCAAGAGUGGAUUGAGGUGUUGGACUAUACAAGUGAUUGUAUCUACCGAGGAUUCAUGACCAGUUCGAAUGACGAGCGCACCCUAUUCAUAUUCUUCCGUGAACGUGCACUUGGCCAAGGUCUCAAGACUGGAUUAAUUGCUCUUUUUGAGCUAGCAAGUCUCCCUGAAUUUGGGUGCUCUCAGAUUGUUGCAUGCAUUCCGCGUUCGCAAGAUGCAGCAGAGCUCGAAGUUGUGAGGAAUUUGGGUUGGUGCGGAUUUAACUUGACAACACUGCAACCGUGGAGCACUCGAGAUUGUGUCGAAUUGUCACUUAGUGCUGAAUGGCUUUUUUGGGUGCUGAAGUUUAGCAGUGCGACGGUUACUUUGCAGCAAGUUGAAAUAGUACAUUGUAGUAAGCGGACCUCGGAGUCGGAAGCCCGAUGCUUCCUUGGGCGGUAUGGUAUGACCUCAAUCAUCAGCAAAGGGUUCACUGGUCGACAUGGCCGCGCGUAUCUCGUGUCGGCGGAACCUAUCGUGUGUGCGGUAUCCAUCAGUACAACGUCCUCGCCGACAGAGUCACUCCCAAAUACCAUAAUGCAGAAACCCGUAUCACGUCAACUGGUCACAGGUGCCCAUACAGUCAGUGAUAUCAGUUGUGCUUUCUGUGGGAAUAUUCUUGGAUGGAAAUAUGUUGCCGCUGAAGAAGACUCGCAACGUUACAAGGUUGGCAAGUUCAUUUUGGAAACCAAACGGACCGUGACAUCCUCCUCAUGGGAGUCGGAUUCAUAUGCCGGGCCUGUUGCACCAUCUGGACCAAUGACUUCUGCAAAGGUGGAUGUCGGUACACCGGGUGAUUGUGUGGAGUUCGAUAGCCAGGACGAAGACGAAUGCGAAGAUCUGUUUGCCGGUGUUUGGAGCCCUGGUCUGGCUAUACGGCGGCGAAGCCGCAAAUUAGAUCGUCAUACCUCGAUUUUUGGCCUUACACCCUGA